GGAGGACCGAUUGUCAAAUAUGUGAGUCAACUUUUCUUGUCUGUGCUUUGACUCCUUUUUCUUUUUCAGAAAGGGAUGCUUUUGUUUGAGUCAGCUCAGUUUGAUGGAAUAAUGAAGAAGAUAUCAGAGUUCAAUGCAGGGCUAUUGUCUGAUAUGGAGCAGAAAUCUUUGUCCUUGACGGAUCUUGAGUUGUCAAGGUUGGAUGCCAUUGUCAAAAUUUUAAAAGAUGCAUCACAUUAUCACUGCAGUAAAUUUGCAGAUGCUGAUGUUGUCUUGUUGUUGAAGAUAUUGAAGUCUUGGCCACUUUCAAUGAUGUUUCCAGUUAUAGAUAUUUUAAGAAUGAUAAUCUUGCAUCCAGAUGGGGCUACUUUACUUCACAAGCUCAUUGAGAAUGGAAAUGAUAUACUAAUGGAGACAUUUAAAAGAGCCACAGCAGCUCCUGCACAGGCUGCAAACCUUCUCACAAUGAUAAGAGCUAUUACAAACCUUUUCAAGCAUUCAUAUUUCUCUAACUGGUUACAAUCACAUUACAGUGAGAUUUUGGAUGCAUUGUCAAGUUGCCGGUCGUUGUUCAACAAGAAUGCACAUCUAUCUUAUGCUACACUACUGCUAAACUAUGCUGUUCUUUUGGCUGAAAUAAAGGAUAAGGAAGGCCAGGCUCAAGUUCUCUCUGCAGCUCUUGAAAUUGCAGAGGAUGGAAAUCAAGAUGGUGAUUCAAGAUUCCGAGCACUUGUUGCCAUUGGUUCACUGAUGUUAGAUGGCCUUGUAAAGUCGAUUGCUAUUGAUUUGGAUGUCCAAAGUGUUGCAAAUGAUGCAAAAGCUUCAAUGGAAUCGAAGAUUGUGGAGGUUGGAGCUGAUAUUGAGCUUAUAAUAAAAGAAGCAUAACAGUCAAUUUGCGGCAAUUCAGCAGGUUCAGAUAUGCAGAUUAAUUCUAUUAGCAUGAGCUGAAAAGCAGCCUUUGGCAAAGAGAGGCUCUGUUAUGCAGUAAACCAAAAAAAAAAAUGAUGGCCGUGGUUUAUAUGAUUUGAAGACCCAAUGGCUUGGAAUCAAUGGCAUGACCUCGGCAAAAGGCAGGCGUGCAUUUGCAUGUGCCUUUGGACUAAAGAUACUUUCACCAACUUCGUGUUUAACAGACGGGCGUGACCUGUGGUGGACAUGAAGUUUUGUACAUUUGCUCCUUAAUUUCUUCUUGUGGACAGGUCCUGAAUCUUCUCUGAACUUAUUGGUCAAGAAACUCUCUUAACCUAUGACUCAUGCUCUGUUGAGGGUCCUUUGUUUCAACUUUCAUUUUGAGGGCUCGAUUGUGUCCAUCUGUUGGGCUUCAUUCACAUCUCGGCCCAAGGAUUUUUAUUCGAUGCAAGUCCAAUGAUUACUACCGUCACAUUUUAUGUGCAGCCAUCUGAUUU